CCCCACAAAAGAGGAAAAGUCUGUCUUUUUCUCUCUCUAGGGUUUUGGGAAUUUGAUUUUCUCUCUCUAGCAAAAUCAUUGGACUGAAAUACUACUUCGGAAGAGCUCAUCGCCGGCGGCUCGUGAGGGGUUACAGUCAUGGAAAACGGGGAUUACGAAGUGCCUGAGAACGCCAAUGAACAUUGCCCAGGACCGCAGUCUGAAUCGGCCGGAAAAUCCGACGCUUGCGAGGGAUGCCCUAAUCAGGAAGCUUGUGCUACUGCUCCCAAAGGACCUGAUCCAGACUUGGUCACUAUCGCUGAAAGAAUGGCAACGGUUAAACACAAAAUUCUAGUCUUGUCUGGAAAGGGUGGUGUUGGGAAGAGUACAGUUUCAGCUCAAUUAUCUUUUUCCCUGGCAGCUAUGGGUUUCCAGGUGGGACUUCUCGAUAUUGAUAUAUGUGGUCCAAGCAUUCCAAAGAUGCUCGGUCUUGAAGGGCAAGAGAUCCACCAAAGUAACCUUGGAUGGUCCCCUGUUUAUGUUGACUCCAACCUUGGGGUCAUGUCAAUCGGCUUCAUGCUUCCCAACCCUGAUGAUGCUGUGAUAUGGAGAGGUCCUCGAAAGAAUGGAAUCAUCAAGCAAUUUCUGAAGGAUGUCUACUGGGGGGAACUUGAUUUUCUUGUAGUUGACGCACCUCCUGGGACCUCAGACGAGCAUAUUUCUAUUGUUCAGUUUCUCCAAGCAACUGGAAUCGAUGGAGCCAUGAUAGUUACUACUCCUCAGCAGGUGUCUCUUAUUGAUGUAAGGAAAGAAGUGAGUUUCUGCAAGAAAGUGGGGUUGCCGGUUCUUGGAGUUGUUGAGAACAUGAGUGGUCUAUGCCAACCCAUGUCAGAUCUCAAAUUCCUUAAUGUAACCGAAACUGGUGAACAGAGAGACAUGACGGAGUGGGUUCUUCAAUACAUGAGAGAGAAAGUUCCAGAAAUGCUAAACUUGGUUGCUUUCAGUGAAGUGUUUGAUACUAGUGCUGGUGGUGGAGCAAAAAUGUGCAGGGAUAUGGGCGUUCCUUUCCUCGGGAAAGUUCCUCUAGAUCCUCGGCUAGGUAAAGCUGCUGAAGAAGGAAGGUCCUGCUUUGAUGAUGGGAAAUGCGGCAUGAGCGCCCCUGCGUUGAAGACCAUCAUAGAGAAGCUGCUGUCGGAACUGAAGGUAUCGAGACCUGAAAUAUUGGAGGAUGGUGCUUAGUUAGUUGUAUAACCGUUUCCCUAAAUAUACCAUGCUCAGCCACCUUAAUACCUAUCUCUGUUUGAAGUCAUGGGUGAAAAUAUAUCUCAACGCCUCCACACUUUCGUUUCUGAGGCGUCUCAAUUUUAGGGAUUGAUUACAAGCCUAGUUGAGUAAUAAUAGUAUGAUUAUGAAUGAAAUCGUGGCGUUUUUGUAAGGUAUUAUGAUUUUAAUGUAUUAUGUUGUCUGAGCA